AUGCCGGAGGGAAGAAAAAAGCGGCUUGACCACCGCGACUACACCGUGGCCAUCAUAUGUCCCCUCGAGGUGGAACUGAGCGCGAUGAGGUUGAUGCUGGAAGACGAACAUGCCAUGUUACCGCCAAAAGCUGGAGACACGAACGGAUACAUCUGUGGAGAAAUGAGUGGACACAAUAUUGUAAUUGGGUACCUGCCUUAUGGCUCCCAGGGUAUCGGAGCGGCCGCUUCGGUUGCCACGCACAUGGAGCGUACUUUUCCCUCCAUCAAAUUGCGCAUGCUUGUUGGCAUUGGCGGUGGCGUGCCUAGCGACGAAUACGAUAUUCGGCUCGGUGAUGUAGUGAUAGGAAUGCCAGACCGCGGACAUGGAGGCGUCAUUCAGUACGACCUGGGAAAAGAAACCCUUACGGGAUUUCAACGGAAAGGACAUCUGGACGCUCCCCCGACGAUUUGGCGGGACGCCGUUGUGCGUAUGCGAUCAGAUCACCGAAACAAGCGAAAACAGCAAAUGUGGAAUUUCUUGUCAGAGGCGCAAUCCCGAGGAUAUUCAUGCCCUGCUCCGGAGAAAGAUGUUCUUUUCCUCAAUGAUAGCCCUCACGUUCCGAACCAGCCAACGUGUGCACAAUGCGACAAGACUCGAACGGUAACUCGGACUUCCAGAGAUCCAUAUGUACCGUCCAUCUUCUACGGCCUAAUUGCCUCAGGCGACCGAGUGAUGAAGAAUGCGAAGAAACGAGACAAGAUCAGUCAAGAAUUAGGAGGCGCUCUUUGCUUUGAAAUGGAGGCAGCCGGCUCGAUAAAUGAUUUUCACUGCAUCGUCAUUCGUGGAAUUGCCGACUAUGCUGACUCUCACAAGAAUGACGAUUGGCACGCGUAUGCCGCUGCGACAGCGGCCGCGUGUGCAAAAGAACUCUUGACAUAUGUGGCUCCCGUUGUCGCAAGGUCCCCCGAGCCGCCGAAGUCCGAACCGACGAAGUUUUCCAAUAUCCCUAAACUCCUCGUCAAAGAUUUUGUAGGUCGAAAAGCCGAGCUACAAGAUAUCGAAGAGCAUUUCACUAGUCGAGUCCCGGAUGGACCCCGAAUUAUCAUAAUCUCCGCCCUCGGAGGACAGGGCAAGAGCCAGAUUGCCCUCGAAUAUUGUCGACGAAUGAAGCCCGUCUACAAAGGGCUCUUUUGGGUCAAUGCUAGUUUCAAAUACACCGCCAAACGAUCAUUUUCGGAAGUGGCCAAAGCGCUUGGUCAACCCGUAGUGGACUCAGAGAGCGAAGACGACCAGGUCCAGUUUGUUUGUGACACUCUCGCCGAGUGGGAAGAUCGGUGGUUAAUGGUGUUCGACAAUUACGAUGACCCCGAUAAUUUUGGCGAGGUUAUGGAUUUUAUUCCCCAUGGGACUGAGGGCGAUGUCCUUUUCACCAGCCGCUGCCAGGAUCUAGACCGGCUCGGUGAGACUAUAAACAUUCCUCCCCUGGCGACCGAUGAUGGAGUUGCGCUCUUGCUACGAUCGUUUCGGGGCGUGGACGUGGAGAAACACAGGCCUGAGGCAGAGAAAAUUGUCAAACGACUUGGAGGUCUCGCCUUGGCCAUUGACCAGGCGGCAGCUUAUAUUCGAUAUCGUCGACUGUCCGUUGGGGACCUUCGUGGCUUCGUGGAGCUGUAUGAGGAGCAACGGGAGAAAAUCCUUACUCACACUCCCGAUCGAUUUUGGGAAUAUGGUGUGUUUGGUAAGGAGAAGGAAGCCCGAGAGAAGGCGUUAUCUGCUUUCACUACGUGGGAAAUGUCGUUUCAGCAACUUUGUCAAAAAUACGAGAAAAUCGCGGACGCCGUUGCUCGCUUCCUGACUUUGUCUGCGUUCUUGGCCGCUAUACCGAUCAAUGAGUGGCUUUUCAUUAAUCAUCGAGAUAGGAAGGUCCCCCCAGAUGAUUGGACCUCGAUUUUCAGCCUGAGGGCGGGCUACGAUGGAACGGUGCGUGGCGAGGGGGAUGAUUCGGCAGUUCCACCGCCGGGCUCCGAAGACCAUGUGGACUGGGAUACUUACAAAUUUUGGGAUUUAAUCCAUGAAGGUAAUCAGCUUUCAUUGGUGCAAGAGAUCUCGCGAAGUUCAGGCCAGGAGGGGGCCACGUUUGUUUUUCACCCUCUGAUUCGAGACUGGCUUCAGCUUAGACAAAGCCCCAAAGAACGUCAGAACUUUACGAAAGAAGCGAUGUGGGUCAUAGUUGAUUCGAUCAUCAAAUUUGAGAAGUCAACCGUGGUGGCAAGCGUCAAACAAACCCUUCUUCUCCACAUCGACGCCGCGAUGGAGAACGACGAGAAGUUCUCCAAAAAAGGUUGUCGCAUAGGGGAAGAAAUGAAGGGUGAUGAUGCCGGCAGGGACUUCGCAACGUUCUGCUGGCAGCAGGGCCGAUAUGCCCUGAGCGCAAAAUUGUGGCAGAUUGUCCGAAGGACAAGAGAGGUCGAACUCGGUAAGGAGCACAAGUCCACAUUGGCAGCCAUGAACGACCAAGCUUUGGUAGCGCACGAACAAGGCAACUACCCGGAUGCGGAAAAGCUAUACCGGGAGGUCCUACGACUGAAGCGGAAGGUUCUAGGGUCAGAACACCCGGACACCCUAGUCACCAUGAAUAAUUUGGGAAUUUUACUGAGGGAGGAGAGUGCAUACGAGGAGUCAGAACAGUUGCACCGAAAAGUCUUGAAGAUUCAGCAGCAAUUGCCGAAUGAUCAUCCAGAUGUCUUGCACAGCAGGGUGCACUUGGCGGCCGUGCUUUGUGAUCGAGGCAAGUUCAAAGAGGCGGAACACAUAUAUCGAGAGGUCUUGGAGAUCAGGAAACGCGUGCUAGGGGACCAACAUGAAGAUACGCUCGUGACGAGGCACAACUUGGGCUUAGCAUUGCUCCACCAACGUGAAUAUGCUGAAGCUGAGGUGAUAUAUCGAGAUGUGCUCAAGAUCCGCGAAGAAGUCCUUGGGAUGGAGCACCCAGAGACGCUGAGUUCUAGGAACAACCUUGCCGAAGUCUUGAACUAUCAACGAAAGACGGAGGAGGCCGAAGCUCUAUUUCGAGAGACGCUUCGAAGCGAGGAAAAGGUGUUGGGCCCUAGCCAUCCAAACAUGAUCAGAAGCCGACAUAAUUUAGCCUGGGUCCUGGAGGGUCAAGGAAGAGAUGAUGAGGUCGAGGCUCUAUAUCGGGAUGUGCAUAAAGCCCGCACAAAGCUGCUUGGGCCAGAGCAUCCAGCCACGUUGUUGACCAUGAAUAAUUUGGCAGUGUUGUUGACCAAUCAAGGUCGGUUUUCCGAAGCUGAGAAAUUGUACAAAAAAACUGUGGCUGGCCGGAUCAAAGUGCUGGGACGCGAUCAUGCAGACACUGUUGCAUCUGAGGAGGAUUACGAAUGGAUGCGUGAGAAACGACGGAUUAAGGAGGGAAGAGAUCCCAGCCCCGAGAGGAGAACGCCCGAUACAACGCCCGAACGAAGUCCUGACGCACCCACCAAAAGGAAGCAUCGUCAGCCUGAUACGCCCACAAAACGAGACGAAAAUAGGAUUCACAGGAGAAAACCUGCCUUUGGGGAGCGAAGGAUCCCAGAACGCGGGGGAGGUCAGUACGAACGUUCUUUGAUGGAGACCGUUGGACUAAUUGUAGCAGUGAGAUCGGCUCUACGAUCAUUUCUUAAAGGUGACCGCUACUAG